AUGGCUGCGAGGCUUGACCAUGCUGAGAUAGAUGACCAUGCAUUAGCAGUUACUCUGUCUUUGAGUAAAUAUGAUGGCAACUGCUUUCAGAAAUCUAAGCAUUUGGUGAAGCGUGUUGAUCCAGAAAUGGAUGGAUACCCUCAGGAACAAUCCCAUUUAACAAACAAAUGGUUGAGCUCAAAGUCAUCGAAGAAGAUACCUCUGACUGCUGUUACUUCUGUCAUUGAUGGCUUGAAAAAACUUUAUAUCGAAAAGUUAAAGCCUUUGGAAGUUACAUACAAGUUCAAUGAUUUCAUCUCCCCUUUGCUGGUGGAGAUGGAGUGCAAGGUGAAGCAGUUUACAAUUGGUUGA